UGCCAUUUUAACAGUCUCUCUCUCUUCACAUUUUUUCAAAACUCUCUUUACUUUCUCAAUGACCCAGAGGGCAGAGAGGCCAAAGGAACAGAGAUAAAGCAACAAAAGUAGUCCAAAACCCCUCAAGUUUACUUUAAUCUAAUCCAUCUUUAUCUUUUCCCCUCAAAGAAACAAAAACACACAUUACAGCUCAUGAAGGUCCCCUCAAUGCUCAUCAUCUUCUUCCUCUCUCUUUUUGCUUUAAUUUUGCAGCCCUCUCACUCCACCACCAUACUAGUAGAUGGAGUUUCAGAAUGGAAGAAUCCAGCUGUUCAUAUAGGAGACUCCAUCAUUUUUAAACGCAAUCACUACAACCUCUACAUUUUCAAGAACCAAAGAGCCUUCAAUCUCUGCAAUUUUACUCAAGCCACACUUCUCAGCAAACUUAAUUCAACCUCUUACACGUGGCACCCAUCACGCCCGGGAUUCUUCUACUUCACCUUCAACAAUGGCACUUUGAAAACAUGCGAAGCCUCUGAAAAGUAUGCAGUAAAGGUGACUCAAAGUUCCACUAAUCUGGGUCCGUCUCCAGCUCCAGCUCCAGCUCCCUCUUCUGGCCGAGUUGUAUCAUCUUCUCCAGCAUUCUCGUGGCCAUUCCAUCCUCGGCAAGCCGAUUCGCCGAGUCCGGCACCCAGUGGUAGUUCUUCGUCCAUAGUGCCUGAUAAAGGUGGGGGUAUACCAUUUAUUAACAGUAAUCCUGCGGUGCCUUUGCCUACUGGUGAAGUCGACUCUGCUACUAUACGUCCUAUACCAACCUCUGCCCAUGAAGGACGACAGGUGAUGGUGGGGCCAUUUGCGGUGGAAAUGGCUCUAUUAUGUGUGGCUUUGCUGAUGCUGUAAAAAGAGGAACAGAGAAUUGGUUGCAUUUUGUGUAGUGUAAAAUAUAUGAGUAGGGUAAUGUUGAACAGGAACGGCUUGUGUUCAGUAGCCAAUUCCAUUGGACACGUUAGGAUACGGACACGUGUCCAUAUCACAACGUGUCCAAUGAAACUGGCCACUGGACACAAACGCCACCCAUGUUGAAUUGAACCAUUUACUCAGGUCUGAUCUAAAGUAGCUUUAAAGAUUAUGAUUAUAAUACCAUGUAGUCAUGUGUUGUGAUGCCUUGGAAUCAUUGGCAUUUUUGGUCCUAAAGUUUUGCCAUGCAAUCAAGUACUCCUUUUUCUUUUUA